CGCCGGGGCGGAGCCAGCGCGGAUCGGGUCCCGGACGCCCGAGCGCCCCGCCCCCGCGCGGGCGAUGCCCAGCGGCGCGGCGGGCGGCGGGGCCCGGCGGGGCGCGCAGAGGAGCGGGCCGCGGCGCUGAGGCGGCGGAGCGUGGCCCCGCCAUGGGCUUCCUGCACCAGCUGCAGCUGCUGCUCUGGAAGAACGUGACGCUCAAGCGCCGGAGCCCGUGGGUCCUGGCCUUCGAGAUCUUCAUCCCCCUGGUGCUGUUCUUCAUCCUGCUGGGGCUGCGGCAGAAGAAGCCCACCAUCUCCGUGAAGGAAGUCUCCUUCUACACAGCGGCGCCCCUGACGUCUGCCGGCAUCCUGCCUGUCAUGCAGUCGCUGUGCCCGGACGGCCAGCGGGACGAGUUCGGCUUCCUGCAGUACGCCAACUCCACGGUCACGCAGCUGCUUGAGCGCCUGGACCGCGUGGUGGAGGAAGGCAACCUGUUCGACCCAGCGCGGCCCAGCCUGGGCUCAGAGCUCGAGGCCCUGCGCCAGCAUCUGGAGGCCCUCAGUGUGGGACCGGGCACCUCGGGGAGCCACCUGGACAGGUCCACAGUGUCUUCCUUCUCUCUGGACUCGGUGACCAGAGACCCGCAGGAGCUCUGGCGUUUCCUGACACAAAACCUGUCGCUGCCCAAUAGCACGGCCCAAGCCCUCUUGGCCGCCCGUGUGGACCCGCCCGAGGUCUACCACCUGCUCUUUGGUCCCUCGUCUGCCCUGGAUUCACAGUCUGGCCUCCACAAGGGUCAGGAGCCCUGGAGCCGCCUAGGGAGCAAUCCCCUGUUCCGGAUGGAGGAGCUGCUGCUGGCUCCUGCCCUCCUGGAGCAGCUCACCUGCACGCCGGGCUCAGGGGAGCUGGGCCGGAUCCUCGCUGUGCCUGAGAGUCAGAAGGGGGCCCUGCAGGGCUACCAGGAUGCUGUCUGCAGUGGGCAGGCUGCUGUGCGUGCCAGGCGCUUCUCUGGGCUGUCUGCCGAGCUCCGGAGCCAGCUGGACAUGGCCAAGGUCUCCCAGCAGCUGGGCCUGGAUGCCCCCAACGGCUCGGACUCCUCGCCACAGGCGCCACCCCCACGGAGGCUGCAGGCGCUUCUGGGGGACCUGCUGGAUGCCCAGAAGGUUCUGCAGGAUGUGGAUGUCCUGUCGGCCCUGGCCCUGCUACUGCCCCAGGGUGCCUGCACUGGCCGGACCCCCGGACCCCCAGCCAGCGGUGCAGGUGGGGUGGCCAAUGGCACUGGGGCAGGGGCAGUCGUGGGCCCCAACGCCACCGCUGAGGAGGGCACACCCUCUGCUGCAGCACCGGCCUCCCCGGACACGCUGCAGGGCCAGUGCUCAGCCUUCGUGCAGCUCUGGGCCGGCCUGCAGCCCAUCUUGUGUGGCAACAACCGCACCAUUGAACCCGAGGCGCUGCGGCGGGGCAACAUGAGCUCCCUGGGCUUCACAAGCAAGGAGCAGCGGAACCUGGGCCUCCUCGUGCACCUCAUGACCAGCAACCCCAAAAUCCUGUACGCGCCUGCGGGCUCUGAGGUCGACCGCGUCAUUCUCAAGGCCAACGAGACUUUUGCCUUUGUGGGCAACGUGACUCACUAUGCUCAGGUCUGGCUCAACAUCUCGGCGGAGAUCCGCAGCUUCCUGGAGCAGGGCAGGCUGCAGCAACACCUGCACUGGCUGCAGCAGUAUGUAGCAGAGCUGCGGCUGCACCCCGAGGCACUGAACCUGUCGCUGGAUGAGCUGCCGCCGGCCCUGAGACAGGACAACUUCUCGCUGCCCAGUGGCAUGGCCCUCCUGCAGCAGCUGGAUACCAUUGACAACGCGGCCUGCGGCUGGAUCCAGUUCAUGUCCAAGGUGAGCGUGGACAUCUUCAAGGGCUUCCCCGACGAGGAGAGCAUUGUCAACUACACCCUCAACCAGGCCUACCAGGACAACGUCACUGUGUUUGCCAGUGUGAUCUUCCAGACCCGGAAGGACGGCUCACUCCCGCCUCACGUGCACUACAAGAUCCGCCAGAACUCCAGCUUCACCGAGAAAACCAACGAGAUCCGCCGCGCCUACUGGCGGCCUGGGCCGAAUACUGGCGGCCGCUUCUACUUCCUCUAUGGCUUCGUCUGGAUCCAGGACAUGAUGGAGCGCGCCAUCAUCGACACCUUUGUGGGGCACGACGUGGUGGAGCCGGGCAGCUACGUGCAGAUGUUCCCCUACCCCUGCUACACACGCGAUGACUUCCUGUUUGUCAUUGAGCACAUGAUGCCGCUGUGCAUGGUGAUCUCCUGGGUCUACUCCGUGGCCAUGACCAUCCAGCACAUCGUGGCGGAGAAGGAGCACCGGCUCAAGGAGGUGAUGAAGACCAUGGGCCUGAACAACGCGGUGCACUGGGUGGCCUGGUUCAUCACCGGCUUUGUGCAGCUGUCCAUCUCCGUGACAGCGCUCACCGCCAUCCUGAAGUACGGCCAAGUGCUCAUGCACAGCCACGUGGUCAUCAUCUGGCUCUUCCUGGCCGUCUACGCGGUGGCCACCAUCAUGUUCUGCUUCCUGGUGUCUGUGCUGUACUCCAAGGCCAAGCUGGCCUCGGCCUGCGGCGGCAUCAUCUACUUCCUGAGCUACGUGCCCUACAUGUACGUGGCGAUCCGAGAGGAGGUGGCGCACGAUAAGAUCACGGCCUUCGAGAAGUGCAUCGCGUCCCUCAUGUCCACGACGGCCUUUGGCCUGGGCUCCAAGUACUUCGCGCUGUACGAGGUGGCCGGUGUGGGCAUCCAGUGGCACACCUUCAGCCAGUCCCCAGUGGAGGGGGACGACUUCAACCUGCUCCUGGCCGUCACCAUGCUGAUGGUGGACGCCGUGGUCUAUGGCAUUCUCACGUGGUACAUUGAGGCUGUGCACCCAGGCAUGUACGGGCUGCCCCGGCCCUGGUACUUCCCACUGCAGAAGUCCUACUGGCUGGGCAGUGGGCGGACAGAAGCCUGGGAGUGGAGCUGGCCGUGGGCACGCACCCCCCGCCUCAGUGUCAUGGAGGAGGACCAGGCCUGUGCCAUGGAGAGCCGACGCUUUGAGGAGACCCGUGGCAUGGAGGAGGAGCCCACCCACCUGCCUCUGGUUGUCUGCGUGGACAAACUCACCAAGGUCUACAAGCACGACAAGAAGCUGGCCCUGAACAAGCUGAGCCUGAAUCUCUACGAGAACCAGGUGGUCUCCUUCUUGGGCCACAACGGGGCGGGCAAGACCACCACCAUGUCCAUCCUGACCGGCCUGUUCCCUCCGACGUCGGGUUCCGCCACCAUCUACGGGCACGACAUCCGCACGGAGAUGGAUGAGAUCCGCAAGAACCUGGGCAUGUGCCCGCAGCACAACGUGCUCUUUGACCGGCUCACGGUGGAGGAGCACCUCUGGUUCUACUCACGGCUCAAGAGCAUGGCCCAGGAGGAGAUCCGCAGAGAGAUGGACAAGAUGAUCGAGGACCUGGAGCUCUCCAACAAGCGGCACUCACUGGUGCAGACAUUGUCGGGUGGCAUGAAGCGCAAGCUGUCCGUGGCCAUCGCCUUCGUGGGCGGCUCUCGUGCCAUCAUCCUGGACGAGCCCACAGCGGGCGUGGACCCCUACGCGCGCCGCGCCAUCUGGGACCUCAUCCUCAAGUACAAGCCAGGCCGCACCAUCCUUCUGUCCACCCACCACAUGGAUGAGGCUGACCUGCUUGGGGACCGCAUUGCCAUCAUCUCCCACGGCAAGCUCAAGUGCUGCGGCUCCCCGCUCUUCCUCAAGGGCACCUAUGGUGACGGGUACCGCCUCACGCUGGUCAAGCGGCCCGCCGAGCCGGGGGGCCCCCAAGAGCCAGGGCUGGCAUCCAGCCCCCCAGGUCGGGCCCCGCUGAGCAGCUGCUCCGAGCUCCAGGUGUCCCAGUUCAUCCGCAAGCACGUGGCCUCCUGCCUGCUGGUCUCGGACACAAGCACGGAGCUCUCCUACAUCCUGCCCAGCGAGGCUGCCAAGAAGGGGGCUUUCGAGCGCCUUUUCCAGCACCUGGAACGCAGCCUGGAUGCGCUGCACCUCAGCAGCUUCGGGCUGAUGGACACGACCCUGGAGGAAGUGUUCCUCAAGGUGUCGGAGGAGGAUCAGUCGCUGGAGAACAGUGAGGCCGAUGUGAAGGAGUCCAGGAAGGACGUGCUCCCCGGGGCAGAGGGCCCGGCGUCUGGGGAGGCUCACGCUGGCAAUCUGGCCCGGUGCUCGGAGCUGACCCAGUCGCAGGCAUCACUGCAGUCGGUGUCAUCUGUGGGCUCUGCCUGCGGCGACGAGGGAGCUGGCUACGCUGACGUUUAUGGAGACUACCGCCCCCUCUUUGAUAACCCACAGGACCCAGACAAUGUCAGCCUGCAAGAGGUGGAGGUGGAGGCCCUGUCGAGGGUCGGCCAGGGCAGCAGCAAGCUGGAUGGCGGGUGGCUGAAGGUGCGCCAGUUCCACGGGCUGCUGGUCAAACGCUUCCACUGCGCCCGCCGCAACUCCAAGGCACUCUUCUCCCAGAUCCUGCUGCCGGCCUUCUUCGUCUGCGUGGCCAUGACCGUGGCCCUGUCCGUCCCCGAGAUUGGUGAUCUGCCCCCGCUGGUCCUGUCACCUUCCCAGUACCACAACUACACCCAGCCCCGUGGCAAUUUCAUCCCCUAUGCCAACGAGGAGCGCCGCGAGUACCGGCUGCGGCUGUCACCCGACGCCAGCCCCCAGCAGCUUGUGAGCACGUUCCGGCUGCCAUCGGGGGUGGGUGCCACCUGCGUGCUCAAGUCUCCCGCCAACGGCUCGCUGGGGCCCACGUUGAACCUGAGCAGCGGGGAGUCGCGCCUGCUGGCGGCUAGGUUCUUUGACAGCAUGUGUCUGGAGUCCUUCACACAGGGGCUGCCGCUGUCCAACUUCGUGCCGCCCCCACCCUCGCCCGCCCCAUCUGACUCGCCAGCGUCCCCGGAUGAGGACCUGCAGGCCUGGAACGUCUCCCUGCCGCCCACCGCUGGGCCAGGUAGCGGUUCAGGGGGCCUGCUGGGGGGCAGGGGCAGCGAGGAGUCCUUCUCACUGCACCAUGCUGUGCCCACAGAAAUGUGGACGUCGGCACCCUCCCUGCCGCGCCUGGUACGGGAGCCCGUCCGCUGCACCUGCUCCUCGCAGGGCACCGGCUUCUCCUGCCCCAGCAGUGUGGGCGGGCACCCGCCCCAGAUGCGGGUGGUCACAGGCGACAUCCUGACCGACAUCACCGGCCACAACGUCUCUGAGUACCUGCUCUUCACCUCCGACCGCUUCCGACUGCACCGGUAUGGGGCCAUCACCUUUGGAAACGUCCUCAAGUCCAUCCCAGCCUCAUUUGGCACCAGGGCCCCACCCAUGGUACGGAAGAUCGCAGUGCGCAGGGCUGCCCAGGUUUUCUACAACAACAAGGGCUAUCACAGCAUGCCCACCUACCUCAACAGCCUCAACAACGCCAUUCUACGCGCCAACCUGCCCAAGAGCAAGGGCAACCCGGCGGCUUAUGGCAUCACCGUCACCAACCACCCCAUGAACAAGACCAGCGCCAGCCUCUCCCUGGAUUACCUGCUGCAGGGCACGGAUGUUGUCAUCGCCAUCUUCAUCAUCGUGGCCAUGUCGUUCGUGCCGGCCAGCUUCGUCGUCUUCCUCGUGGCCGAAAAGUCCACCAAGGCCAAGCACCUGCAGUUUGUCAGCGGCUGCAACCCCGUCAUCUACUGGCUGGCGAACUACAUGUGGGACAUGCUCAACUACCUGGUCCCCGCCACCUGCUGCGUCAUCAUCCUAUUUGUGUUCGACCUGCCGGCCUACACGUCGCCCACCAACUUCCCUGCCGUCCUCUCCCUCUUCCUGCUCUAUGGGUGGUCCAUCACGCCCAUCAUGUACCCGGCCUCCUUCUGGUUCGAGGUCCCCAGCUCGGCCUACGUGUUCCUCAUCGUCAUCAAUCUCUUCAUCGGCAUCACCGCCACUGUGGCCACCUUCCUGCUACAGCUCUUCGAGCAUGACAAGGACCUGAAGGUCGUCAACAGUUACCUGAAAAGCUGCUUCCUCAUUUUCCCCAACUACAACCUGGGCCACGGGCUCAUGGAGAUGGCCUACAACGAGUACAUCAACGAGUACUACGCCAAGAUUGGCCAGUUUGAUAAGAUGAAGUCCCCGUUCGAGUGGGACAUUGUCACCCGCGGGCUGGUGGCCAUGGCGGUUGAGGGCGUCGUGGGCUUCCUCUUGACCAUCAUGUGCCAGUACAACUUCCUGCGGCAGCCACAGCGCAUGCCCGUGUCUACCAAGCCUGUGGAGGAUGAUGUGGACGUGGCCAGCGAGCGGCAGCGAGUGCUCCGGGGAGACGCGGACAACGACAUGGUCAAGAUUGAGAACCUGACCAAGGUCUACAAGUCCCGGAAGAUUGGCCGCAUCCUGGCCGUUGACCGCCUGUGCCUGGGUGUGCGUCCUGGAGAGUGCUUCGGGCUCCUGGGCGUCAACGGUGCGGGCAAGACCAGCACUUUCAAGAUGCUGACCGGAGACGAGAGCACGACAGGGGGCGAGGCCUUCGUCAACGGACACAGCGUGCUGAAGGAGCUGCUCCAGGUGCAGCAGAGCCUCGGCUACUGCCCGCAGUGCGACGCGCUGUUCGACGAGCUCACGGCCCGGGAGCACCUGCAGCUGUACACGCGGCUGCGCGGCAUCUCCUGGAAGGACGAGGCCCGGGUGGUAAAGUGGGCUCUGGAGAAGCUGGAGCUGACCAAGUACGCAGACAAGCCGGCCGGCACCUACAGCGGCGGCAACAAGCGGAAGCUCUCCACGGCCAUCGCCCUCAUUGGGUACCCAGCCUUCAUCUUCCUGGACGAGCCCACCACGGGCAUGGACCCCAAGGCCCGGCGCUUCCUCUGGAACCUCAUCCUCGACCUCAUCAAGACAGGGCGUUCGGUGGUGCUGACAUCACACAGCAUGGAGGAGUGCGAGGCGCUGUGCACGCGGCUGGCCAUCAUGGUGAACGGUCGCCUGCGGUGCCUGGGCAGCAUCCAGCACCUGAAGAACCGGUUUGGAGAUGGCUACAUGAUCACGGUGCGGACCAAGAGCAGCCAGAGCGUGAAGGACGUGGUGCGGUUCUUCAACCGCAACUUCCCGGAAGCUAUGCUUAAGGAGCGGCACCACACGAAGGUGCAGUACCAGCUCAAGUCGGAACACAUCUCGCUGGCCCAGGUGUUCAGCAAGAUGGAGCAGGUGUCUGGCGUGCUGGGCAUCGAGGACUAUUCGGUCAGCCAGACCACACUGGACAAUGUGUUCGUGAACUUCGCCAAGAAGCAGAGUGACAACCUGGAGCAGCAGGAGACGGAGCCGCCGUCCGCACUGCAGUCGCCUCUCGGCUGCUUGCUCAGCCUGCUCCGGCCCCGGCCUGCCCCCACGGAGCUCCGGGCACUUGUGGCAGACGAGCCGGAGGAUCUGGACACGGAGGACGAGGGCCUCAUCAGCUUCGAGGAGGAGCGGGCCCAGCUGUCCUUCAACACGGACACGCUCUGCUGACCACUCAGAGCUGGACCAGGGACUCAACAAUGGGGACAGAAGUCCCCCAGUGCCUGCCAGGGCCUGGAGUGGAGGUUCAGGACCAAGGGGCUCUGGCCCUCCAGCCCCCGUACUCGGCCAUGCCCUGUGGUCAUUGCGGUUGCCGCCCCUAAUUGUGCCAAAGGCUGACCCGGCCCAGGCUGCACACACCCUCGCCCUGCUUUGCCUUAAAGCCUCGGGGUCUGCCCGGCCCCUCACCCCUGCCUGGCUCUGCUCACCGCCCAAGGCGACGCCGGCUGGACCAGGCACUGCUGGCCUUUCUCCUGCCCGGCCUCGGAACCAGUUUUUUUCUCCUACAAUGAAGGCUGAUGCCGAGAGCGGGCUGUGGGCGGAGCUGGGUCAGUCCCAUAUUUAUUUUGCUUUGAGAAGAGGCUCCUCUGGCCCUGAUCUCCUGCAGGGAGGUGGCUGUCUCACGGGAAGCCAUCAGCUUGGGCCAGCUGGCAGGUGGCAAGAAUGGAGAAGCUGACCCUGCUGGCCAGGCAAGGGGCCAGACCCCCCCCACCCCCAGCUGCCAUCGCUCUCCCACCCAGCUUGGCCCCCUGCCCGCCCACCUGCCUGGGAGCCGGGCCUGUACAUAGCGCACAGAUGUUUGUUUUAAAUAAAUAAACAAAAUGCC